GGUUCAGUCCAAUAUGAAAAGAAAUCGAUGUUCAGUUCAUAAUUUGCUCAAACGAUCUCUAGGUUUUCCGUACCAACUCUCAUGGACAGAAGAUGAAUAUGUCAGUCCCCCUCCUCCCUCACUAAACAAACCAUCCUUUGAGCCUGCAGAAGGAGAACAAGGCCAUUAUGGGGUCCCUGAAACUAUUGAAUCAAUCCCCAUCUUUCACAAUGGCUUUGUCCCUAAAAGUAAAGAUUUGCCCACAAUGAAGAGUUCAUGUCCAACUGUGAAGAAUACCAAUGCAUCAAAUUCUAAAGCUUCUCGAGGAGUUGGUGCCACUGGGACCAUUGGCUACAUAUUACCAUUGGUGGAAAAACCUGUGUGUAAGCCUUGCCUUCCAAGAAUCAUAAAAAGUAAUGCAUUUAAAUGCUUUGAAUUGCAAUGCCCAAUCAAAAUAAAUAAGAUAUUUUGCUGUGCGUGGAUCAGUGACCAUGAAGUCAUCAUGGGCACCAAGUGUCAUCAGCUUAUCCUCUACGAUUCAAAGCUGAAUUUGUUCAGAAAAAUUCCAGAACUGACACCCUGUAACGGAUCAACCUCCGACUGUCCUGGUAUUCGUUGUGUUAAAUGUAAUCCUAAAGGAAACCUUCUGGCAACUGUUGGACGCUGUGGCAAUCAAGUUACCCUCUAUACUUUGCCUUCCAUGAAACAUCUCUUGGUGGUCACCGAUAAUGAAUACUCCAACUGGAUAUUUGAUAUGUGCUGGCUAUCUGACUCCAAGCUAGCUGCUGCUGGCAGGGAAGGACGUGUAAGCAUAUGGAAUUUCGAAUCCCUGUUUAUGCCGUCUGAAGAAAACUUACGUACCACCAAUUCAAUCCAUGCCAGUAGUAAGAACUUGUCUAUUGUUCAAGACAUAAAAUCAUCUUAUAGUGACGAUCAUUCAACUGACAUGACACCCCCAAAGUUCUGCGAAGUCUCCUUCAAGCCAGCAGGCCGAGCUCGAGCAGUCGUCUACAAUGGAGCUGACACUCUGUUUGUCCUGAGCACAUCUGGAUCUGUGUAUUCGUACAACACUGUCACAUGCGACUGUAACUGGAGGAUGUCCAUUCCUGGAGGCUCUGACAACACGUGCAUGGCAUACUGCACUAACCUCAAAUUACUGGCUGUGGGCUCGGCAUCUUGUGUUUUCUUCAUUGAGGACUGUGGGGCUUUUCCGCAUAUUUCCGAGGUGGAACUUCCGACGGCUGAUAACCUCUACAUUCGAUCUCUUGCUUUCCAUGACCAAACUCUCAGUAUUGGGACUGGUGCUGGUCAGCUCCUCUUCGUUGAUCUCAGUGAGUUUUGGAGCGGCAAGAUGGCGUAUUACCGCACCAGAUACUUAUUUCCUCGCUCCCAACAUCCUGAGCGCGACCAAAGACUUCUAGGACAUGUAGAUCCUAGGAGAACUGUGUUCAGUUACGUCCCUGCCAUGGAAGGCGAACAGUUCUCUGAUCACCUUUGCGAUCCAGAAUUGUGUUUACGAAUAAACAAAAUAGAUGUUUUUGACCGGCCACUUGAAGAAACGUUUUUCACGAUCACGAACUCUUUGCAGAAGAAGCUUGGUCGUAAUUAUGUCACCAAAGAGGUGGAACAGCACUAUGAACAACUCGACGCUCAAUGCCGUGGUGACGAGAGUGAAUUCAUUGCUGUUUAUAGCCGCCGAAAAAUAACAUUUUUCGAAUCUUGCACCUUCCUCACGGCCGCCGAAGAUCGAGCGCACUUGGUGUCUACGGACAGCAAAGCUGUUUAUGCUCAGAGCUACAACCCCAACACGGGACAGUUCUUUGUAGCAGGAGGGCCUAUAUCAUUGAUGAACGAGGGUGCCUUCUGCGCUAUUCUUCGGUGAUGUAACCUUCAUGUAGCCAAAAAUUUUCAGUGACGUUCCAUUUUCGCAUGACCACAAAAUUUCUGGUGAUAAUUCAUUGGAAAGUGACAAGAAAUCUUGUGCUAAUUUUCAUUUGAAACUGACCAGAAAUCUUUUGCCAAUUUUCAUUUGAAACUGAUCAGAAAUCUUUUGCCAAUUUUCAUUUGAAGUGACCAUAAAUAUUCAGCAAUGUUUCAAAUAACGUCAUUCAAAUCCUUAGUGACGUGUGACGUCUCAUUUUUAUAUGACAAUAAUUGUUCGCCGAUGAUUCAUUCUCACGUGGCUAUAAUUUUUCAGUGAUGCUUUAUUCUCACGCGUCGGUGAAUUCCUUUAUUUGCAUCGACUGAUGAUCAUUGGUGAUAUCUCUGGUAGGUUAAGGAGUAACUUAAUGCUAUUAAAAGUUCAUACUAUAAUAUUCGCUACAAAUUUUGUAUACCUAACGCGUGACCCACAAAAUGUAACGCUACGCUCAUUGCUUGCAACGUAUAAAGCUCAAUUUUUUAUGAGAGGCGCCGCCUCAAUUUCCGUUUUAUGUAAUAUUUAUGACAGACCUGCGUCGACCUGCUUUUAAAAAUUAUUUUACGGUUGUUUUUUUACUUUUAUGUUACACGGAACUAUUGUCGUAUAUUUGUACUAUUUAUAAUGUCCGAGCGCAUCAAAGUUACUUAUAACUUGGUAAAGGCACGCACGACAAUAAACCAACGUCAUCGUUAUGUGCCAAAAUAAGUGCUUGUUUUGUCUUACACUAUCAAAUUACUCAUGGAUGUAUUUGCUGAAACUAACAAAUAAUGAUGAUGCAUUCAUUGAUGAAAUGCAUUUGAUCUGCUAUUCCUUGACCGUGUACCAAAUUAGAAUGAAGAUAAGUCUGAUCUGAUUCUCUGCAAGAUCUGACUCAUUGAAUCUAAAGACUCCAAAUUAUGAUUCAUCAUCAUGAAGGGGAUGAGAGGAAGAAGAAUGGUGUAAACUUUCCAAUAUUGUCCUAUUAAACGACCCAUUGAUAUCUGAGUUAGUUCUGCAGUCGUGUCUUCUCGCUUGCCUGCUUUUAAGCCGUUUUAGAACAUUGUUCUGAAUGCAUAUGCAUAAUCCUGGACGCAACGACUUCGUUUGUUUUAGUGUACCGAGUAUAUAUGGACCUCGCUAGUAAACUGAAAGGUAGUGGUUGUGUUGGGUGAAACGCAAAGAUCGUUUUAAUGUCUUAAAUAUAAAUCGUUUCUAUAGCUUGCUCAUGUAUUGCGCCGGUUUUUAUUCCAAAUGCAAACCAAACAGGGUAUUUAUUUAUAAUAAGCUGUAUGAAUGAAUAUACGUGAACAUCCAAUGCAAUGUAAGGGGUUCAUUUAUAAUCAGUUUUGUGAAAGGUAAUGGUUGUCAGUCCAAGAGUAGAAUUGUACUGCUUGACAGUGAACUGAAAACCAUUCGAGAUACUGACCAAAGAUGUUGUCUCUCUGACCGAUGUUAAACGAACCAAAUCUGCUUAUACUUAACUCUGUGGUAAGCUCCUCUCGUGCUUUUUGGAUGUGAGGUAAACAGCCGUAACGGGUCUGUUUUUCAGAGGAAGUUAUUAUGAGAGUUAUAAUGGCGUAUUUGUAUAAACGUGACUUUUGUGACGUUACCGUUGUGGUAAUGAAAGCUAGUAAAAUCUAUUAGUGCAUUAGGAAUGGCUGGAUAUAAUAAAAGUUUGCUCUGGUAUUUUCUUGUUCUGAGGAAGGUAAAAGAAUUUCCAUUGUUGAGAUCUGAUUCUGAUUCGCUUCCUGGACUUUCGAGAUGUAAAUUUUUUUUCCUACUCACCAUGCUCUUACCCAGUGAUAUUUUUUGUCGAACCUCGUAUGAUUUUCUUGACGUUAUUAUGCUAUAUAAUGUAUGACAAGCAACGAUGAAUAUUCUUAGUGUCUUGAUACCACGGUGUGAAAUAUUCGUGUCUAUGUAAUAAUUUUGCUCUACUAUAUGAUGAUCGCUAGCCAAAGACGUUCAGGGCCUCCUCCAUUUAGGGCACCAUGCUUUUCCCAAAAAAUAUAUUUAUUUGGAUGCAAAUAAAGUAACAUUUUUUAAUUAACUAAUAAAAAUAACUCGUAAUUUUAAGACUUACUUGGACAGAAGUAAUAUUUCAGUUGUAGUGAGUGUUAACGUCCGGUGAAGAUGAUUUUUAAUAAGCAUAUUUUGUUAAGCAAUAUUUUUAAUGGUCUCUAUUAUUCCCUAGUUUAUUCUUUAAUUAACAAAAUUAAGGCUUCAGCUGCGGUUGUGUCGUUUCAGACAAGCUUCGCGCUAUUCCAAUGAACCUUUGUGAUAAUUAGUAUUUUUAUGCAUUUAUAUACCAAGCGCUACACAAUUUUUAACUUUAGCCUUUAAUUUUUUCCCUUAUGUUUCUCGUCUUUCUUCGGAUCUCGUUUUCUAGUACCUGAUUACACAUCAGCAGUUACAUUGUAUUUCGUGUACUUUUUUCGUACUAGAAAAAAUUUUUCAUACCAAAGGCUACAUGACUAUUGCCUGGAAAGUAUUUUUUAUCUAGUAAUUUUGCUCGCGUUUAAUGUGUUGUCUCUUGCUUCUAUUGGACCAUUGAUAUUCCUCAAAAUUCUUCCUGAUGAAGAGUCUGAUGCCACUCUCGAUAUGCUGACGAGUGAACGCAAGUUCAUUGGAUGUUCAUGGGUAUUGACGAUUUUGUAUUACUUACGUUGUUUUGCUAGAGUAAUUUUAUACAGGCUGGAAUUCUAGGAUAGCGCAAAAAGCUGGGUCAUUUUUGGGCGGAUGCUUGUCCAUCUCUAGACUGUGAUUGGGUGUGAUGUCAUCCACUCCAGACUGUAAUUGGUUGUGGGAUUGUGAUGUUAUCUCUCCAGUUUAUGAUUGAUUGUGUCCUAUAUGCCAUUUGUACUUAGUAAUUCAUUACUCCUCUAGAAUUCCGGCCUGGUUUUUAUAUUAUCCAGUUAAUAUGGACGCUGUUCCAUGUUUUUGCUUUUCCAGUUAGCACAUUAACUUAGUUUUUUUAGAUAAACUAAUUAAUUCAUGCUUCUGAACUAAUGUGUUUCGUCGGUUUCUGUGAACGAUACUUUCAUAUCAUUUUCCAGAUUAUGAUUUUCCAAUUUUAUUGUCUUAUCCUUGUAUUUUCUUAUUAUGACUUUAGUUUACUAACGUCUUACUUAUUACAUUUUUCUUGUGACUUUGAUUUAUUUUGGCUGAUUGCGGAUAUUUUAGUUCCAUCCUGUAGGAUAAUAUAGCAAUUUGCUGAGGAGAACGUGUGUUCUUUGAAGUUUCUGUCCCGUGACUAUCAAUCGUAUGAUGAUGUUGACUCAACGUAUCCUUGUGACGCGCAAAAUUAUGGUACGGUUAUGGCUGGAUCACUAAUUUAAAAUAAUUUGUUGCAGUUUCAAAGAUCCGUUUCACUUAUUUUUUAAGGAAAAAUGUUAAAUUGAAUGAAUUUCCUGGCAAAAUACAGUAGAAUCUCUUCGGAUCAUUAGGAAGCUGCUCAUUAAAGCGCGCCUUUCUGUUUGGCGUUGAUUAUGAGUCUCCAAGUCUCUUAUGAGCACAAAUAAAAGGACUUGUUUUGUCACGAAUGUAUCUACGAAUGCGUAGAUAAAAUCUAAUGGGGUGUUGACGUGUCCAUUGCUACGUUUUCUUACUAGAAUACCACCACGGGUAUCCUUACCACUGUAGCGCAACGGCUACCGCCGCUGUAUGCGCAGUGAUGACGUCACAGAGAUGAGAGAAGCUAGCCGUAGGUGUGACCGUCGGGCAGCUUAGAUGAUUUCUCGGUGCCGCUGGUGACGGCGCUUGUUCGACGUUGAAAGGUGGCGCUUGCAGCAUGACCUUGGUACCUACCCUCAACCAAGACUCGGUUGUGGGUAGGUACCUCAAGGAAGACGCGUCACCUUCAACUAUACAAAGUGAUAAUGCUGCCGAUGUACCAAUAUAAGUAUGAUGAUUCUUCUUCUUCUUCUAGUAUGAAAGGUUAGGGCUUUAUUUUGUGAGCGGGAGGAACGCAACUGUAAAACGAGUAAAUGUUGUAUUGUAUGUAAGUGUGAAAGCAACUGCGCGUGGUGCAUGAGAAGCCCAUAAAUGCUCUUUGCAAUGAAUGUCAGCUUGUCGACGUGAGUGAAUGACGAUGGCAUUGAUGGAAACAAGUAUUGGAGAGUGUAUUUGUGCGUGCGUUUGUAUGGGCCGGUAGAAAGGUGGAUGCGGUGACAAAGAGUAGGAUGAAUACCUUCGGUAUGCAUGGGAACAUAGAUAAUAAAAUGAAAGUGGCAUGUGUUAACUCGUGUCUCGUAAAACUGUGUCUCGUAAAACUGGUUAGAUCCCAGCUUGGCAUGCCCUUUUUUUCUCUUCCCAGUUUGCACUUUUCGUCCCUCUGAUACGAUGAAUUGAACGAGUGUACAUGUAUGCUCUUAGAGCUACCUUUAGAUAGGAUUUAUUUUGCGUGGCAGUUGGCUUAUCAAAUGUUUCACAAUUAAUGCUUUCAGGUUACAAUGCUCCAGAUAUCUCCCUUGCGCAUCAUGCAAGAGAGAACGCAAUGAAAAUUCCGUUGUUUGCAUUCCAGGCAAGAUUUACUUGAUUUGGCGCUUUAACACCCUUAUUUUUGUGUACGACCAUUCCUUACAAAAUAGUAAACUUUAUUAUAGCUCGUUCGUUAAUAAAGAAGCCAGUACAGAACGGCCAUUAUAGUUCACAGCACGAUUAUAAUAUGUCUAUAUACCCGUAUUUUUUCGAUUUAUGUCAAAAUUUAAAAUUUCACUAUCGGGCGAUAGCACAAGUUUGUAAUAAUCAAUUUCUUUCGAGUAAAGUUUAUGUCAAGGU